AUGUGGAGGACGCAGUUAGAAGGAUUCACCGAUGGUAAAAGAGGCUCGAUGAACUUCAGUAUUUAUGGACAAGGCCCAGAAUUUCAGAUUAAGUCUGGUACAAGUGGUGGAGGCGAAAGUAUCAUACAACACAAAGCCUUGGCUAUUUUUGAAGGGGAUAAAAGAAAAAUGUAUGAUGUUCUUAGAAGAAAAUUUAAAAAAGAAAUAAAGAAAAUUAUUGGAAAAAGAAUUAUUUAUUCUAAUGUUCAAGAUUACAGAUUUGAAUUUAAUAAUUUACGUAACAUAGUUAGUCUAGAAAUGCCUGGAGAUGUUGAAAAAAUUUUCUCAAAUCCUGAUAUUGAUUCUCAAGUGUUCGCUACAAUUCUUAACACGGAUGAAAAUAACGAUAUAUUCACCUACAUUUUAUAUACUCCAGAACCUUAUGAUGUUCUGAAAAUUAUCAUUAAUUGUGUUCAAUCGAAUCAUGAGCAGCAAAGAGCUUGUCAAGUUAAGAUAGGUUGGAUAAUUGUUGGUUACAAUCUAGAUAUUAAUUCUGCACUUUCAAGUUCUGAUAUUCGUUUUCAAAGCACUAAAAAAAUACAUGUACUAUUAAAUAAUCCUAGCGAAAGACAAAUAUUUAAAAUGUCUGAGGACAAUCUUCUAGUAGCAUGUAGAGCACCUGUA